GCCUUUUCAUUUUCUCUUUACACAUUUCCAACACUUAAAUUUAUAUUUUCUUUAAUCGCUCAAAACCAACCAUUUAUUAUGUAUCAUCGCAUUACCACCGCUUGCGCCAUUGUUUUUGCUGGAGCAGUGGUUGCCUCUGCCUCUGGAUUUCAGGGAAGUGGCAACAGCACAUCCGGUCUCUCACGGCGCAUUGUCGGAGGUGGCAUCGUGGAUAUUACAGACCACAAAUACAUUGUCUAUAGCGUUAUAAAUGGAUGCACUGGUGUACUAAUUGCGCCAAAUUUUGUUCUGACAGCCCAGAGCUGCGUCGACGCCGUACCCGACGCUAACACAGACUAUAGCAACAUGAAAAUACAAAUUGGAAAUUACAUUUACCCUGUGUCCAAAGCAUAUUCAAGCAUGAAUUUCCCUCCAAUGGGGUACUACAACCAUAUUGCGCUCUUAGAGCUGAGCAAGGCGGUGCCAUCGAAAGUGGCCACCCCGAUAGUCGGGUUUCCCACUUUGAGCACAAUGGACAGCACAGUGACGCUGGAUGAGUUGCAGGACAAGAAUUACUGUAAAGAUGCCAAUUCUCAUUAUAACGCGGAUACCGAAAUUUGCUCACGCGUGAGCUCCAAUCUAAACACGUGUCGCGCGGACUUUGGCGCCCCGGUGCUUACUCCUGUAAAAUUGUCUGGAUCCUCAUCUUCCUCGUCGAACAACGAGAACAGUUUUGAAACCACUUAUGCUUUGCUGGGGCUCACCACAUAUUCGUACAAGAGUGCCACUGCUAAUAUGAAGUGCGUCUAUGGUGGAACCAUGGGUUUCUACACAUGGCUGUACCCGUUUGCAGAGCAAAUUGCUGCUCUGGCAAACAUGGAUACAACCACUUCUGAAAAGUCCAGCAGCAGCACAAGCAAUGAGGAGGAGAUUGCCGGGCUAGAUGACGAAAAGGAAAAUAAUGUUAUCCAAGGGUUCCCUGAGCUCAGCGAGUACCACUUUGCCGUCCGAAAAGCCGACAGCGGAUACUUGGCCCUGGUAACUUUCAUCGUUGCUGCAGUGGGAUUUGCCUUGUAAAUCCAUUUUUGCAUUUUCAAUAUUCCAUAAUUCAAUAUUUUUCACACAAUAUAUACCACAUGUUUGG